AUGAACAACGACGACGAUUCUAAUGAUCAUCAUCGUAAACGUAUGCGUGUUACUCAAGCCUGCAUAAGAUGUAGAAAGAAAAAGAUAAGAUGUGAUAGCACCAAGCCUGAAUGCACGAUAUGCCAAGAAGCCAAUACAAUUUGCGAGUACGCGAGAACUAAAAAACGAGGACCUCGUAAAGGCCAUGUGCAUGUACUGGAAGAACAAGUUGCUCAACUGAAGCAGCAAAUUGCUCAAAUGAGUGGUGGCAGGCAAGUUACACCGCCGCUCUUGCAUGAUGAUCAGCCGACACUCCUCUCAGCUCCAUACAUUUCUCCAGAUUCGACACAACGCAGGAUAGAGGCAGCCUAUGGUCUUCCACCACGAGAGAUCGUUUACGAGCUUGUCGACAUUUUCUUCAAGCACCUCAACGUCGUCAUUCCUAUCGCCCACAGAGGAAAGUUUGUGGAGGCUCUUGAGAACGACACCAUUUCCAUGCCAUUGCUAUGGAGUGUAUUGGCAAAGGCUGCGAGAUAUUGCACACAUCCUAGCAUCUUGAGUGACCCACCCUCGUUGGUUAGCGAGCGAUUUGCAUCCAAGGCAAAGUCUUUGAUCGAUGAUACUUUAUUGGAACCUACAUUGGAGAAUAUUCAGUUUUGGGGCAUCAUGGCUUGUUUGGAAUAUGGUCAUGGACAAGCAUCAAAGGCGUGGACGUAUGUGGAAAUUGCUGUAAGGUUCUGUCAAGAGCUUGAGUUACACAAAGAAGAGGUCUUGAGCACCCCCAUCAUGACGGAGGACGGGACAGUCGAUGUGGUUGCCAUGGCUACACGUCGUCGCAUCUUUUGGAGUAUCGUUUGCAUUGACAUAUUAGCAACGGCGGGUACAAGUCGACCCCAAGGGCUCCAUAAAGCUGAUAUUGAUUCGGCUCCACCAAGCAUUCCCGAAUGUAUGAUUAUGCGUGAACCAAAAUUCAGCAAUGUCUCAGUUGGAGGUGACCUUAUCGCGAAUGAAUCAUUGAUGGGGAUUUCACAACAAUUUAUGAGGAUCGUGCAAAUAUUUGGUGAAGUCAACAGCGUGAUUGAACGAGCAAAAACAACGUCUUCAGCCGUGGUGUGGCCACCGUUACCAGAAUUUACAGCAUUGGAGAGUUGCCUACGUGCUUGGAAAGAGGGCCUACCAGAGAGAUUUGAUUUUACACCCUCCAACAUCGAGUAUCACACACAAAAUGCAAGUCUCAUGUACUUCAACCUUUGGCUUUCAAUGUGGUCAUUGUGGUCUUCAGCUUUGCUAUUGAUGCAUCGUGGCAGUUUGGCUUACAGCGAUAUCCGCCCAGGAGACGUGGAUCAAACGACCUAUAACUCGAUUCAACACAGCAUCGAUGUUUGUAAGAAUAGUAUCCGGAUAGCGACAGGAGUCAUUCAAGCCGUGUGUGAUUAUUGUGGCGAAUACGGUCUUCCGUUCCUAGGCUAUGCUGCUUACAUCUUCGCAACCGUUGUCAUGACAUCGACGUUUUCAAAGGGUCCUGAAGCCUGUCGCAAGAGCAAUAGAGCAUUGCAGAUUUUGCAUACAUUGAAUGCUAAUUUAGCUCCCUAUUGGCCAUUGUGCCAAAGGCUAUCAUCCAUGACACGGGAUCUUUUGAUUACUCACAGCCAAAUGUAUCAAUCUCAACGACGUCCAUCUUCUACCAUGGAGGAGAGUACCGCAUCCAAUAACAGCUUAUUGAAACCACCACCGCCACCACCAACUGUACCAUUCAUCUCACCCAACAACAAUGAUAAUGCGUCAAGGUCAUUCAUUGCAUCACCCUGUGGAACCAUUUCUACUAUUGAUCCCACUGCUACUACUGCUACAACUACUACUCCUACUGCUGGUGCCAUCCCAUCCUCUGCUGGAGGAUAUUUUCCGUCGUUUAACGCAUCAUCAACCACACCUCAGUUACAGGCACCUCAGCAGCCAUCAUCUAUGCCCAUCAAGGAAGGAGAUUUGAACAACUUGUUAAUACCAGGGGUCAUCAACUUUGAUAGUCUCGACUUUUUAUACGACACCGAAUUAUAUGGUCAACUUAUGUUUGAUGAUCGGCCCUCUUCAGCUGCUUCGUCUCCCGCACUUCACAACAACAACAUCCCUACUUAUUCCACUAUGGCUCCCCAAGGAUCAUCGGCGUCAACAUUCAAUGCUGCUUCUUCUUCCUCAUCAUCCCAAAGACCAACGAUUCAACAACGACGAGGUGCAACGAUGUUGUAUGGUCUACAAGCGGCACGCCAGCCUCCAAUAAUGCAAUAG